CGACGUCGCAGUGCAACGACUCCAUCAUCCGCGAGCCCGCCCCAGCCGCCCCCUGGCUCCCUGGGCUGCGAUGGCCGAUGACGUGCAGUAUGCGGACGAUGACUUCCAAGAGGAAAAGAGCCCCCCGAAACCCGUCACAAUGGGGAACACCACGCUCAUCGAAGCGGGAGCCCCCGACGCAUCCACAGAGGUCGAAUACGAAGACGACUACGACGAGCCAGACACCUCCCCCCUCGAUGACGGCUAUGACGAUGACCAAGACGAUGGCACGUUGACAGCUGACGCCGCCGCACCAACGUCCCCAGAGGGUUUUUACGAUGGCGACGAGUUUGCCGAUGCGCCAUCGACAACUGUUGAGACGGCGACUCUCUCCCGUCCCGCGGCCCUGGAAGAAUCGUACGGAGACAAUGAAUUCAUGCAAUCCUCGGGAGGCGAGGACUCUUCGCCGGCACUCCCCCCUGCAACCGCAACUCCGCCGGACAUGGCAAUUGAGGAUUCAUACAACGACCAAGACUUUGCACCUGCGGUCGAAGACGGCAAAGAGUCGAAUCCAGAGACAAACUUCACUUCACCCGAGCCGAAAGGUGACGCGCCGUCGAAAGGCAUCGAUGCCACAGCGUCCGACGUGCCGAAGCCAGAUAGCUUUGUCGAUCAAGUCGAGAAGCCGGCAAACCAGGCGUCCGAUGCCGCUGUCGGUGAUGAUCCCGAAGAUACACAGUCUGCGGUCGUCGCGGAGGCAAAUACGGUUGAGAAUUCCUCUCCGGACAGCGUCAACACGCCAGUGCGCGAACCAACUACAGAAGCUUCCGCAGGGAGUAAUCCUGUUCGUGACGAGGAGGAAGCGGCAGCCCCGGGCUCGAUCCCUCCUAGCGGAAAUCAAGAGCCCGUCGCAAUGGUGUUCACUCCAGAAGUCGUUCAAACGGCUGAGCAAGAACAGCAGCCCGUUGCUGGACAUUCGGACGGCACCGACCCCUGGCCAGAUGAAGCUCAAGUUACCACGACAAAAGUGGACGACACCGCCAAUUCACAUCGCGAGCCCCAGGAAAGUCAGCCGCCUGUAUUUUCCAACGAAUUCGAUCCUUCCCCAGUCAACAACACGGGUAUUGAGCCCGAAUCGAAUGGAGGGGAGUUCACCGACUCGAGCGAUCAAGCUGUUGCCGACAUUACUAGUAUUGUUCAGGACGACGCUGCCUUGAGUCAUGGCGGCAUUGCCGACGAGCCGCUUUCGUCGGAUGACAAUGCGCAAGCCGCGUGGACGACCUCAGAAGGCGUGACCAACACCGCUUCAGCUACUGAGCCUCCCCCUCAAGACGACGACAGGAGCGCCUACAACAAGCCCAUCGACACCGUCGAAGUCGCUACACCUGCCACUGCCACAUCGCCGAUCGAUCUCAGCGCUACGGCGCAUGUCAGCAAUACCGAAGCAUCAAGUCCUGUCGCACUUGAGGUCGACUCAACUUUGCCACACGAGUCAGUCCUUGAGACAGAAGCUGUGUCACCGGCCGCCACCACCGUCACGUCCUUUGCUAAAUCCGAGGCGCUGUUGACUUUCGACCAUAGUGCUGGCUCCGAAGCAUCACAUCACGCACCACCUGAGGUAGACCUGCCUCGAACAACCACGUUGGAGUCGGCCGACGAUGGUGACCCGGACGUCGAAUCCACUUCAAUGGGGCGAAUGCCGCCGACUUCGCCAAAUGACAUGUUCACGGAGAAUACUGAAAGUACGACGGAGGCCGCCUCAACCCCUGCAGAGGAUUUAGCCGGUGAUGGCGUCGACACAGAGCUGGACAUCGCACCAACGUCGGCGUCGGCAAGCGGCGGAGAUGGGCAACACUGCCGAGACAAAACGACGCCAUCUUCUCCCGAUGCAGCGGCAUUUUCCGACGUCGCACGCGCCCGAAUGCACCCUUCUCUAGACGCUCGCAUUGCCACCCAACAUGAUGCGACCACCGACUACACGGCAUCUGCGUUGCCUGGUACCGACGACAGUGGAAGUGAGCCCGCUCCAGCGACAGCACCAGUCGCGAUCGACCUACCGAGUGAUGCGGCCUUUACUGUACCUGAAUCGACCGAUGCCGCGUUGGCAUCACUGUUGGUGUCGUCAUCGCGUCCCGGCGACGGUAGAUAUGAACAGAAGAGCAUGUUUGACGAAGAACGGUACAUGGGCGGUGGUGGCGCCAUUCAGUCCGAGCUAGACAGCGAGAUUCGUUUGGGCACAGUUGCCAAGGACCCACAAUGUUCCAACGCGCCCAAGGACCACGCUGCGCACGACGCUGCACUUGCCGUGAAACCAGACACAGUUGCAGGGCCAUCGACCUCUCCAGCCCUGGAGGACUCCAUGGCUGCUUCAAGCACCGGACAAAAUGUUGAGCCAUCCAAGACAGGCCAGGAUUCAAAGGCGCAACCACCGUCAGUGCCAGUCAAGAAAAUGAGCAAACUCAAAACGAGACUGCCCCCUAAGCAGCCAUCCCUUGCACCUCAGUCUACCCCGAUUCCACCAAAACCCCGCCCGCCGCACCAGCCCCGAAAACCCAAUGCCCCCCACAUGCCUACCGGCCCCGACUUGAGUGACCCAGUUAUGCCCCCGCUGGAUUCGUCUGGUGGCAUGGUAUUCCAUUCGCCGCAAAAAGACUAUAGACCAUGGCGACAAGAGGCGAGCUUCCCCUCUCCUGCGCGCGCUGGCGCGAAAAAGAAAAAGGCACGGCCACCGCAGCAGGCCGCCCCAUCGCCCCCCAAAUUUCACUUCGAUCCCAAAGUCGACAAGAUGAAAGAAGAGUGGCUCCUCCUUAACAUGUUUCGCCAAGGCGACGCGUCCAAGUACGAAGCGUUUUGCACGGUCCACAAACCUGUUGUGACGUCGACGGCGCGGCAUCACCGACCGUCAAGUGCGGAUCGGAGCCAGGCUCGCACACACUCGGCGCGCCGGCUCGUUGUCCCGCCCAAGCAAAAGCAGGAGCUGCACACGCUCCAAGCACGUGAACGCAACUGGGUCGUGGACGGCAGCGUCAAGGAUACCGCGAUUCCAGCGUACGAUUCGAUUCUGGACAAGUAUUGCCACACAAUCACGAGCCCGGUCGUCCAAAAGCAGAUUUACAACUCGGUCGAUUUGUCCCCACAGCUCGCUUACGUCCUGGAGAAGCGCAUCCAGGCCACACGGCAAGCCGAGAUGACGUUCGCCAUGGACGAUCACACGUACGCCAAAGCGUACAAACCGAAAGCAGCCGACGUGGCGCGGGCACCGACCAAGCCGAGCCCCCGCCUGCACCCACCGAAUUCCAAUACCCCCCUCGCCAGCGACCUUGUGUCCAUAAAAUGGACCACAGUCAAGUCCGUUGAUAGCAACGAGUAGUAAUUCAAUUCCAGUCCGCUCUUGAAUGCUAGCG